GUAUUCGUAUUUUGUCUACACACAUCUUCUUUCAUUUUCAAAUUCAUCGAAAAUGGCUACAUACGUCAGGGCAUCGCUGAUUAUUUUCCUUUGUGUUUGUGGUUUUACCAAACAAGAUGACGAUCUUCUCGAGGCGAUAUCACAACUAGAACUCUUUGUUAAAGAUGUUAGACGCGAAAUGUUUGAAGUCAGAAAUGAAAUUGAAUCUAAACUCCAUGACUUGAAAAGGAAAGAGAUCGACUUCUUACAAUACUAUUUCGGACUAAAGAAACAAAGUCCUAAAAAGAUAGAAAGAGCUGUUGAAGAAUCAGAGAAAAAAGUUGAGAAUUUGAUUCUUGAUCUAAAACACAAUCGCAGGGAUUUGAGACUAAAGGUUAAUCAGCUAGAAAUAAUAAACAACAGAGGACUUGGAAAUGAAUUAUCACUAGCAGGUUCACGGUAUGUCCCAGAUGUUUCAUUCAGAGCAAGUGUUCCAGAAAAAACGCGGUUCCGCGGCGUGGAAAAAAUUAUAUUUUCUAAACCUUUGGAGAACACUGGACACGGUUAUGACAAUGAAACUGGUAUUUUCACAGCUCCUUUCACAGGGACAUAUUUAUUCACUUUUCACAUUUGUCAAGGAGGAAAUUACAUUGAUUUAGCAAUAAUGAAGAUCACACAUGUAUUAAGUUGGGCAAGGUUUUUUCCUUACUAUUUCUCCUGCCAUAAUUUGGAUUUGAUAACAACCAUGGAACCGGGAGACAAAGUAUAUGUGCAACAUAUUUCCUCGUGGGAUUACUCGGUUAUAUACGACAGAAACGAACUUUCAACAUUAUUCUCUGGUGUGCUGAUUUCAUAACAAAUUGGCUGGUGUAACAUUUGAAAAAUAAAUAAAUUGCACAUUCCAUUAGUUGAUUAAUAUGUUUGAAAAUAUGAAAUAAAAAAAACGUUUAAAUUUUAUCCUAUUAAAUAAAGAUGGUUAUAUAUUAUAUAUAUAUUAUAUAAAACUGUUACUCUUUACUUUAUGACUACUUGCUAUAUUGAAGCUUUGUACUUUUUUCUAUAAAAAUACACAUUUUACAUACACAGAAAUAAAGUUAUCAUCUCACAA